CACUUGACUCUAGACUCAACAAACUGAAGAUUCCUCACAUUCGGUCGUUUCUCGUCGACCUCCUGAACUUCAACAUGAUCCCACGGUGUGUGUUCUUGCUCCUCCUCGCUCUCGCUGCAGUUUCUCUGGCAGCUCCCCUCCCAGAGGACGAGACUGCGACAGGAGAAACUACAGAUGUGUCAGCUACUGUAGAGCCAGCAGAAUCUUCAGAUGUGUCGGCUACUGUAGAGACAGAUUCUGCUGAGGACUUUGUUUCUGAAAGCCAGAGUGAUCUAUCAGAAGAUUCUGCUUCCGAAGGCCAAAGUGAUGUAUCAGAAGGUUCGGAGGGGUCACCUGAGGUUUCUGAGGAACCAGACACUGAGGAAGAUAAAGACGAAGAAGAUGGUGGUGAUGAUGAUGGUGAUGAUGAUGAUAGCAACAGCAAGCUUGAAGACAUAAAUGAGGAAGACUCAACUGAACCUACCGAAGAGGAGGUAACAGAAGUCAGUGACACAGACAGUGACGCUGACGCAGACGGUGACGCAGACCCAGACAGUGACGCAGAUGCAGGCGCAGACAGUGACGCUGACGCAGACGGUGACGCAGACGGUGACGCAGACGGUGACGCAGAUGCAGACCCAGACAGUGACGCAGAUGCAGGCGCAGACAGUGACGCAGACGCAGACGGUGACGCAGACGGUGACGCAGACGCAGACGCAGACCCAGACAAUGACGCAGACGCAGACCAUGACGCAGACGCAGACAGUGACGCAGACCCAGACCAUGACGCAGACGCAGACAGUGACGCAGAUGCAGACAGUGACCCAGACGCAGACGAUAACGCAGAAGAUGAUGACGGCGCAGACAGUGAAGCAGAGUCUAGCGAUCCGAGUGACGGGGUGGCGGAGGAGGAGUCAGCAGGGGAAGAGAUCAGUGAAGAUGCAGCGGACGGAAGCGAAGAAGCCGGAGGCGAGGACGAGCCCAUCGAUGAAGAGAGUACAGAAGCUGGAUACACCGAUCCUGAAGGGGGCGCCGGCGCAGAGACGGAGCCAAACAACCCUCUGGAGGAGGGGGACGACGUCACCGAAGCGCCCACUGGUCCAGAACAACCCACCAAUGACUCCGCCCAGUAACGCCAAAGGGAGCCGACCCCACUGCUGAAUAUACAGUCGCCAUGACAACAAUAAACUAAACUGCAUCCAAGCUUCAGCCUCCGCUCGCUCCUGAUUGGUCCCCCCCCCCCCCCCAAAAUCUGGCUGCUUUAUUUUUUCAUCAAAGUGAUAAAAUAUGAAAAUGGAAUCUGUCUUUUAACCUGUCUCACUCUGCCUGUCUGUCUGCCUGUCUGCCCUAGAAACAUUAAAGCAUCUCAGAUCUGCUCGGUGUGUCUGUGUUCAGGUACAUACAGUCCGUCGUUACCUCGCCUACACUAGAGACCGUUUCUUUUUCUAACCAAUUGAUGUCAGCGAUAUCGAUUUGUCUGUUACACGGAGGAGCGGCCAAUAAAGUUUGAACCUUUCCGAAAUCA